AUGGAGCGACUCCCCGGAUUCAAUGUCGCCAACUUCCUGGAGAAGCGGCGGCUUCUCUUCGCCGUUAAUUGCAUCGCCGCUCUUUCCAUCUUCUUCUUCGGUUACGACCAGGGAAUGAUGGGGGGAGUCAACAAUGCAAAGGACUACAUCGAUCUCAUGGGUUUCGGCUAUGUCGACCCAGAGACUGAGGAGCCCGUCAUCACCGACAGUCUCCUUCAGGGAGGCAUCGUGUCCGUCUACUACCUUGGAACCCUCGCUGGCUGUCUCCUCGGUGGAUGGGUUGGCGACAAGGUCGGCAGGAUCAAGACCAUUGCUUUUGGCUCCGUGUGGGCUAUUUUGGGUGCCUCGCUGCAGUGCUCUGCUCAAAAUGCCAACUGGAUGAUUUGCGCGCGAGCCGUCAACGGAAUCGGUACCGGUAUUCUCAACGCCAUUGUUCCGGUCUGGGCCACCGAGACGGCGGAGCACACCUCCCGAGGAAAGUUCAUCGCCAUUGAGUUCACUCUCAAUAUUUUCGGUGUCGUCGUCGCCUAUUGGCUCGAGUACGGCCUCGCCUACAUUGAUGGCGGCGCGUCGGCCUUCCGGUGGCGAUUCCCCAUCGCUUUCCAGAUUAUUCCCCUCAUUAUCUUGCUCUCUAUCGUCUGGUUCUUCCCCGAGUCUCCGCGUUGGCUCGUCAAGGUUGGCCGCGAUGAUGAGGCUCGCUUCAUCCUCCGUCGGCUACGAGGCAGCGAGGGAGAGGGCCUUGAGCGCGCCGAGGCCGAGUUCCGAGAUAUCGCCAACAUCAACAAGCUCGAGACCAAGGAUGGCGAGAAAAAUUCCUACUUCCACAUGCUCUUUGGCAUCGGCUCUGGCGAACUCCAUACUGCCCGCCGCGUGCAGCUCGUCAUCUGGCUUCAGAUCAUCCAGGAAUGGGUCGGCAUUGCUGGUGUGACCGUGUAUGCGCCUACCAUUUUCCGUAUUGCUGGAUUUGAUACUAUGAAGAGUCAAUGGGUCAGCGGUUUGAACAACAUCUUUUACAUGUUCGCCACUCUCAUCUGUGUCUUCACUCUCGACAGGAUUGGUCGCAGGUGGACUCUGUACUGGGGAGCGGCCGGCCAGGGAAUCGCCAUGUUCUUGGCUGCUGCCUUUUCCAAGUUGGGCCAGGAGGCUUCGGCCGCUGGCGAUACCUCGAAGGCCAGCUCGUACGGUGCUGCGGCUGCUUCUUUCGUCUUCAUCUUCACGUCCGUCUUCGGUGCCACUUGGCUUACCGUUCCCUGGCUGUACCCCGCCGAGAUCUUCCCUCUCCAUGUUCGCGCUAAGGGCAAUGCCUGGGGUGUUGUCGGCUGGAGCAUUGGCAAUGGCUGGUUGACUCUUCUUUGCCCUGUAAUGUUCUCGAAGAUUGGCGAGAACACCCUCCACAUCUUUGGCGCCUGCAACAUCCUCGCCAUUCCCAUCGUUUGGGCACUCUACCCCGAGAGUAACCAGAGGACCCUGGAGGAGAUGGAUCUCCUCUUCGCCGCGCCGACUCCUUGGGUCUGGGAUGCGGAGAAGACUUUCGCUAAGCUGAAGGCGGAACGCCCCGAGCUCGUCAGUGCCGCCCACCAUGGGCACCUUGUUGUUGACGCUGAGAAGGGCAUUUUGGAUAGUGCCGCCGACUUGAAGACUGGUGGAGAUAGCACUGAUUGA